GGCGCGAUGGCGGCGGCGGCGGCGGCGGCCGAGGCUCCGGAGGUGCUCAAGGAGUGUGGCUGCAAGGGCAUCCGGACCUGCCUGAUCUGCGAGCGGCAGCGCGGUGGGUUCCCGCCCUGGCAGCUCUCCCCGCAGAGAACACACGAGUUCCUUUACUGCUCGGACACGGGCUGGGCCGUGGGCGCCGCCGACUCUGACUUUGAGGGCUGGGCCUUCCCCUUCCCGGGGGUGAUGCUCAUCGAGGACUUUGUGACCCGGGACGAAGAGGCCGAGAUGGUGCGGCUGAUGGACCGCGACCCCUGGAAGCUCUCGCAGUCUGGACGACGGAAGCAGGACUACGGCCCCAAGGUCAACUUCCGGAAGCAGAAGCUGAAGACCGGGGGCUUCCGAGGCCUCCCCAGCUUCAGUCGCGAGGUGGUGCGGAGGAUGGGCCUCUACCCCGGCCUGGAGGACUUCCGGCCCGUGGAGCAGUGCAACCUGGACUACUGCCCCGAGCGGGGCUCCGCCAUCGACCCCCACCUGGACGACGCCUGGCUGUGGGGCGAGCGGCUGGUGAGCCUCAACCUGCUGUCCCCCACCGUGCUGUCCAUGAGCCGGGAGGCGCCCGGCAGCCUGCUGCUCUGCUCGGCGCCGGCCGCCGGCCCCGAGGCCUUGGUGGACAACCUGAUCGCCCCCAGCAGGUCCGUGCCGUGCCAGGAGGUGGAGGUGGCCGUGCCCUUACCCCGCCGCUCCCUGCUGGUGCUCACGGGGGCCGCGCGGCACCAGUGGCAGCACGCCAUCCACCGCAGGCACGUGGAGGCCCGGCGCGUGUGUGCCACCUUCAGGGAGCUGUCGGCCGAGUUCCGCCCCGGGGGGCGGCAGCAGGAACUGGGGCGGGAGCUCCUCAACAUCGCGCUCUCCUUUCAGGGGCGACCGGUGUGAGCCUCACCCCGCCCUCGGCCUGAUGGCAGCAGGCAGACUAAGCCCCCCCCAUCGGCUGGACGGCAGCAGGGAGACAGCCCCCCGCCCCCCGCCCUCGGCCGGAGGGCAGCAGGGCCCUGGCUAGUGCCCAGACGGGAGACUGAGCCCCCCCGACCCCCACCCUCAGCCAGGCGGCAGCUGAGACGCGAGACUGAACCCCCACUGCCCCCCACCCCAGGAUGGGAGCCAGCCCUCGGCCAGACGGCAGCAGGGCCCUGGCCAGUGCCCAGACGGGAGACCCCCGGGCGCCGUGGGCAGUGAGGCCUGCCCGGGGCUGUUCUGAGGGGCAGGCGCGUCCCACCUGCACCGUGGCCACCCGGCCUGGGUCGUUUGGUUGUCACAGUUUGGAGAAGCGG